AUGUCCACGGCGGUCCUGCCUGUACGGAUAGGCCUGGCACAGCAGAACCUGCACCGUGCUGAGGAGUUCAUCAGUGAGGUUGCUCACCCCGAGUCUCCUAAUUACGGCAAGCACUGGUCACCGGAGAAGAUCAUCGAGACGUUUGCGCCGAAGAAGGAGGCGGUAGACGCUGUCAUGGAAUGGUUGGAGUCGGAGGGUAUCAGCUCGAGCCGAGUCAAACAAUCAGCAUCGAAGAAUUGGCUCUCUUUCAAUGCCACCGUUCGAGAGGUUGAGCAUCUGCUGAAGACUGAGUACCAUAUCUAUAAGCACUUCUCUUCGGGCCACUCGCACGUUGCUUGUGACAAAUACCAUGUUCCUGAACACCUUAAGGAACAUAUUGACAUCGUGACUCCGACUGUGCAUUUCGACCAGCGAAUUGGUGAAGCCCGGAAGAACAAGCAGAAGGCGCUUUCAGAUGAACAUGUCCAGGAACUCAAGAAACGGUCCGAUUUAUUGAAGAAGCGACAGAGUCGUCCAGAACAUGGCAUUCUAGGUUCGCCGUCAGAUGGCUCAAAUCCCAAGCAGGGCGCGACGAUUACAAAUGCCCUAAUGGAUCUCAAUCAAUGCGACACGAUGAUUACCCCGGCUUGUCUGCGUGCACUGUACGCAACACCUCCGGGGACACUUGCCUCGGCCAACAACACGCUGGGUAUUGUUGAAUACACGCCGCAAGCGUUCUUACAGAAGGAUCUGAACCUCUACUUCCAACAAUUUGAGACAAGGCUGGACGGGAAGUCUCCCAUCGUUCAGCUGCUGGACAAUGGUGUCCUGCAGACUCAAAAUCAAAGCUUCAGCUUCAACGGCGAGUCCGCACUCGACCUCGAGUUCGCCAUGGCGUUGAUCUUCCCUCAACAAGCAACUCUUUUCCAAGUCGGAGACCUUGUCCAGGGAGCGAGCUUCAACAACUUCCUUGAUUCUAUCGACGCCAGUUUCUGCACGUUCCAGGGCGGCAAUUCCAAGGAUCCGAACGUCGACGCCCAAUACGCGAGUCGGGUCGGCUGCGGAACGCACUCCCCAACGAAUGUCAUCUCCACAAGCUACGGCUACAAUGAGGGAGAUCUCAGCGCGAAGUACGAGGAGAGACAAUGCGCCGAGUACAUGAAGCUAGGACUGCAAGGUGUUACCGUGGUUUACUCCUCAGGCGACUUUGGCGUAGCCGGCAACGGUGGCCAAUGCAUUGAUCCUCUGACUGGCGCUUACAACAACGGCACCAGCGGCAUCUUCAACCCAUCGUUCCCAGGGUCGUGCCCGUGGGUGACGUCCGUUGGAGCGACACAGGUCUUGGAGGGCUCUUCGGUCCGGACGGCGGAGAGUGCAUGCUCGACGGUGAUCUUUUCGGGAGGCGGUUUCUCAAACGUCUUCCCAAUGCCGUCAUACCAGUCCAAAGCUGUGGAAAGCUACUUCGCCGACUCUGCGCCUCCAUAUGGCGCUGACCGCUUCAACAAUUCAAAGACAGUCCGAGGGUUCCCUGACGUCUCAGCCAACGGUGCCAACUACGUGACAGCUGUGAACGGGAACUUCUCCCUGUCCUUUGGAACGUCUGCCUCUGCACCGGUCUUUGCGUCUAUCGUCAACCUCAUCAACGAGAAGCGAAUCGAAGCCGGUAAGGGCCCCGUAGGCUUCAUAAACCCUGCCCUGUACGCCAACCCGCAGGUUCUCAACGACGUGGCAAAUGGCAACAACCCAGGCUGUGGGACAGAUGGGUUCGAGGCCGUGGCUGGGUGGGAUCCUCUGACUGGCUUGGGGACGCCAAAUUAUCCCGCGAUGGAGAAUCUCUUCUUGAGCUUACCUUGA